UGUCGUUGUCGUUGUUAUUUACAUUUUACAACAAAAUAUGGCUACGACAACACCAGGAACACCUGACAAUGAGGAAAAAGAUAAAAGCAGAAAACCUAAGGAUACAAAAUUUAAACAACAGAAACUCCCAGCUUGGCAGCCAAUUUUAACUGCAGGAACUGUAUUACCAGCCUUUUUUGCCAUCGGUAUUGCUUUCAUUCCACUGGGUGUAGCUCUCUAUAUAACGUCAGAAGGGAUACAUGAAUUCACAUAUGACUAUACAUUUUGUGAAGACAAGAAUAAUGCACCAACCACAUGUGCAGCAAAAUUAGAGAGUAUUGGAACAAACAAUACAGGCUAUGUCUGUAAUUGUGAAGUGACCUUUGACCUUAGUGAAGACUUUGAGGGAGACGUAUAUUUAUACUAUGGACUGUCAAAUUAUUUCCAAAACCAUCGUCGCUAUGUAAGAUCAAGGGAUGAUAACCAACUCCAUGGAGAAUCAGUAUCAUCAUCUAGUCUGAACACAGACUGUAAGCCAUACCUAAACAAGGACAUUAACUCCAGCUACUCACUACCGAUUGCUCCAUGUGGUGCUAUUGCAAAUAGCUUGUUUAAUGAUACUUUUGCUCUCAAAUCUAGUGGUACAGAAGUUACACUACUGAAAACUGGAAUUGCGUGGGUUUCAGACAAGAAAGAGAAAUUUAACAACCCAUCAAGUUUUAGUGGAUUCACCAACCCACCAAACUGGAAUAACAAAAUGGUAGACCAGCUUGACCCAUCUGAUUCAUCAAACAAUGGUUAUGAGAAUGAAGACUUGAUUGUUUGGAUGAGAACAGCUGCUUUACCUAACUUCAGGAAGUUACAUAGACGUGUAUAUCACAAUGGUACAUUUACAAAUGGUCUACCAAAAGGGACAUAUACCAUGGAGAUUGAUUAUGCCUACCCAGUGACAUCAUUCGAUGGUAAGAAGCUGUUUAUCUUGUCAACGACAUCAUGGUUAGGAGGGAAGAAUCCGUUCCUUGGAAUAGCCUACAUGGUAGUUGGAAGUAUCUGUAUACUCCUUGGUGUCGUAUUCCUAGUCAUACACAUCAAAUAUGGCAAAAAACCAACUGAUAUGAUCAAUGUGAGCAGUAGAACACCAUUUUAAAAGAAACCAAUUUUCAUACAAGACAAUCAAGUUGAGCGGGCCUCAAGCUGUGUGUUAUAGAAGACAUUUAUUAUGGGAUUGGGAUAUACAAUCUGGUGGCAGUUAUUAAAUUAAUGAAAGUUGAUUAAAAAUGGGGGAAAAUCAUUUAAUCAUGUUUGUACAUUAUCAUUUUGAAUGGAUCUGAAAUCCAAGUUGCAAUUUCUGUAAAAAUAUUGAAUUUAGCUUUUUACAACAUUUUUAUGCUUUAUAUGAACGUGACCAGUGAAAUAAACUUUGUUCCAACGAAGGGCUGUUCUAUUUAAAUUAAUUUUGGGGGUAAAGAAUUUAAAUAACAGUUCCCUAGGUGAAAUUAAACAUGUUUCUAUUGACUGUAUAGUGACUGUUGCCAUGGAGACCAGUUUCAAUUAGUGCAAUGAAAAUCAAAUUUCAGACAACUACUGUCAAUAGAAACUUGACCAAUCUGAUUUAAGCUUUUGUUAUGUCGACCUGUUGACUGUUAUGUCGACCUGUUGACAGAUGAUGACUAUCAAUAGUAUUUUUCAACAGAGUGUAUAAAAUGUUGAUAUGUAGUGUUCAUGUCAUUUUUAUAUGCAUGCUGUUAGUAACUGUAUUUACUUUUGCAUACAUGUACUGUAAAGAUGAAAAUACUCAUAUCCAUGAGUGUUCACAAACUUAAAGAACUGUUGUUGUGGUAGCAUGUGUAUAAAGUUAAGCUUUGAUGUGAUUUUAAUUAAUGAUAUUCUUUAAAUUUCUAAAAAUUUUAAGAAAAUGCUUGUUCAGUUUAAAGAUGUUUUGUUGAUUGUUAUAUCAAAUGUACAGUCGAUCCUCGUUGUGUCGAACUCGGUUGUGUCGAAAACUUGGAUAAGUCGAACUCAGCGAACUGAUUCAAAUUCUCGGUUAAGUCAAGGUAAUUCCAAAGUCCUGUCGCUGUAAAAUUGAUGUAAAUUGAUCCAGAUGUCUCGAAGUUCAAAAGUAAGAAAUUUCGAUAAAAAAUUCAAAAGGGAUGUUUAACCUGAUAAUUUUCAUAAGUGAUUAAAUCUGUGAACACAUGCUUAUUUUUUAUAACAGUUAAAAUGAUAUGUUUAUGGUGACCUGUAAUUAACACCUUUGUUUAUCUCACACUCGACCACAGAUGAGUCGAAUACCUUCGUCCGGUCCCUUCGACUUCGACACAACGAGGUUCAACUGUAUGUACAGAAAUAAUCUGAUGUACACAAUUAUGUAUAUGUAUGUUUUUAUGUUCAAAUGACUCAUGUUUCAACAAACACACCCUACAAAUAUUUUUUGGCUAACACAAAUUUUAAAAGAUUUCUGUAGAAGUCUUUUAGACUGUCAGAACUUUUUGCUAAAUGUUGUAGUUGAAAACAACAUAUUUAUUUAGUCAUAAUACAGGGAUAAGUAGGAUUCAUUUUAUACAAUACUUUUAUGUUUUUAAUCUGAGCUUUAGAUAUUUUUUAUGUUGUAUAUCUAUAUGCACUAAGAUUUACUCUUAACUUUGGAUUUUUAAUUACCUUGUGUUUGAAAAUAUCAUGGAAUGUGAAUUGUCUGCUUAGGGAACAACCUUUUAACUUCAAGGGGGAGGGGGGGGAAGGGGGGUUAUGGUUUUUCCUAAAAAAAAAUAUUCUGAUCCCCAAUUUGAAGAAGAAAAAAAAUAUUGUGGUCAAGCAGAUGACAAAAAAAAAAUAUUCUGAAUCCAGAUUUUCCCCAUACCUUAUAGUGUUAAAUUUUGAAAAAAAAUAAUUUGAUUGAUAGUGUAGAAAAACUUUAAAAAAAAUCUGACUCAGUCAAAAAACCACAACCCCCCCCCCCCCUUUUUGAAGUUAAAUGGUUGCUCCCUGAAAGAUUAACAUAUUUAGAACUGUAAAUUCAGAAAUUAUUGAGUGCAUUUAUUAUUGCAAUUUUGUCAUUUUAGACCAAAAUGCUAUUAUAAUUUUUGCUUUACUGAGAAAAAAAUCCCGCUUCAUUCAUAUAAAAAAAAAUCCAUAAUGCAGGUUUAUAUCGUUGGGAUUACAACCCUGUCGCAUUUUUCACAAUGAUAAAAUAAAUCGCAAUAAUUUCCAAAUUUACACUAGAUUGUUCUUUUUGCUGCUGAUGCUCAUAUUUAAAUUUAAUAAGUUACUGUUGUGCCUAAUUUGAUAACAGAUGUUCCUUGAGCUUUUGGAUAGUUUUUCGAAGACCUUCUGCUAAUAGUUAAUGACAGUAUACAGUUUGUUAGUGCAUGAGAACAAGUGUCAUCUGUACUGGGUUAAAGAAUUUUCCAUGGUAUUUUUAAAUGCUGUGUAUUAGAUAAUAUUACAAUGACCAUUAAAAUGAGUUAAGGAUGUUUGCUCCUCUAGUUUUUUAAUUUUUGCCAGAUUUUCGGAAAUCCUCUGGUUUCAUCCAUGUACAAAUGUAUUUCCUUUAAAAAAAUUGGCCCGCUAACCCUACUUUUAUUUUCAUAAUUUUAUUAUGUAUAGUUUAAAAAGCCAUAUAUUUGAAAAUCGUUAUUUUUGCAUAGUUUUUGCACUUUAAAGCGGUCAAUGUUAAAAUCAAGAAAAAUGUAGAGAGAAUUAUUUUCCGCCAAAUUUUCAAUGGCUUAUAUCUCGAAAACAAGCAAACGGAUCAUUCAUUUUUUUUCUGCUUUUUUAGUUCUUUAUUUAUAUUCUAUCAUUUUAGAACAGUCUUUUAAAAAGCUUGUUAUUUUGAAACAGAGUAGCGAACAUCCUUAAAUCUGAUGAAUACAUUUAAGCUAAAACCAGAAGUAAAAGUCUUUAUUGUGAAAAAAACCGAAACAAAUACAAUACAACAAUAAUUUUUCAAAUUUUCAAACACUAACAGCUACUUUUAAUAAAAUGAUAUUGAAAAAGGAGAUUCUUUUUUCAAAACUUAAGAAAUUUGAGCCUUGACCCAUCCCAACUCUUUCAGAGAAAUAUGAAGUUGUUACCCCCUAUUUUAGGAGACUUGUCUUAAUUAUAAAGGUGGUCCAAAAUGUCUUCAGAAUGCUCAUCUGUAGACCACAACAAAUUGUAAUGUAUAUUAGUCUGUGAGUACUUAGCAAACAAUGUAAUUUUAGUCGAAUUAUAUAUUUUUCAAAUUGUAUGGUUUAAAUAUUUUAUUUGUUGUGCAUAAUUUGUGAAUUUAAGUGGUCAGUUGAUUUUUUUCAGCAUGUACUAGACCUAUAUUAACAUUCCAAGAAUCUCUGUUGUUAUUUGAACCUUGCUUCAAUUGCAAUUUUCAAUAUUUUAUCAUUGAGUUUUGACAUAAGUUUCAGGAAUGAGUAUUACCAUGCAAAACUAAUUGCUUAAAUAUCAUUGCUUAUGUACAUAACUUGUCCAGUUUUUUUUUUUAAAUAAUUCUUCCUAUUUUUGUGUUAAAAUCUAAAAAGAAGAUAUUUUUAGAGGGAGAAAGAUGCCUCAAGUUUUUUCAUUUGAAAUGUACGGAAAGAAUUUAUGUUCAAUUAUUUAACAAAUUUUUAGAAAUUAAAUUUUUUUAAAAAUAUUUUGACUGAAAGUGUAUUUGAAAUGCAAGUUUUUAGAAAACUAUUGAGAAAAAUAGAGGUUAUUGAGCAAAAUUUUGUAACACAAAUGUUAAGGAAAACACCUGAGGGAUAUAGGUGUAAUACCAUCAAAUCAUAGUACGUCACAUUUGGUUGCAUACGAAAAAGGGUUGAAAAAAAAUAUUCCCUCCCUUGAAUUUGAUAGGAAAUUAAUCCUACAUUUCAUUGCAGUAAAAAAUUUAUGAGUCAUAAACAUAUAUCUUGGGUGUUUCAAAGCACCAUUAUUUUUUUAUUUGGUGUUUCUAUAGAAUAUUUUGGAAACUUGAGGUAACAUGGUUACUAAAGCUUGUACACAGGAAAAAAAGGGGUGAAAAUUUGAUUGGUUAACUUCCAGUGAUGGUUAUUUUCUUAUUUGCAAUGAAAUGUUAUGUGAAAUUUUGUCUGUAGUACUGAAUAGGAUAAAACUUUACUGAUGCCAAGUAUUUCUUUUUUUGAAACAAAGAUAAAUUCUGCAAUAUUUUUUUGAAAUGUGUAAUUUUAACAAAAUAUAAUUGGGGAAAAUCAAUGAUGGUAUUAUUCCUAUAGAAAGGUUGAAAAGAAGAGAGUUAAAUAUCCUUGUAUGUCCAGCCAGAUUUUGUGAAAGAAUUUGCGUUCAACUGUAGAAAGAUGUAUAAGAAAUUACAAGAAAAGUGUAUUUGUAGAAAAAAUAUUGAAUUAGAAUUUAUAAUACAUAGCCUAGGAAUCACCAGAGGGACAAAGCAAGUUGAAAGUAAAAAAUCCUUAUACAGUCGACUCCACUUAAUUGCAUACCGCUUAAUAGCAUAAUUCGGUUAAUUGCAUUAUUUUCUCCUGCACAAAACCAUUUUCCAUUCAUCUGAUGAUAAAUUGUCAGGUUAUAUGCAUAGCUCUACAAGUGGUCUUUCGGUUAAUUGCAUACAAAAUAAUCGCCAGCUAGAUAUGCUUAGUUAAAACUGACGAGAUUUUUUACCGGAAACAGCAAUUUGGUGAGUAUAUUUUUCUUGAAUGCAUCAUUAUUUUCUUUUUUAUUUCACAUUUACUUUUGUGUUAUUAUAAUAAUAAUAUUUUUGACUCAUUAAUUUGGCCUUUUGGAUAAAUGCAUACUCCCCUUAAUUGCAUACUUUUGUCUGACAAAUAGGCUAUGCAAAUAACCGGAAUCGACUGUAUAUAUAUUCAGCUAGAUUUGAAUUACAGAAAUUUUCCAUGAAUAAAAGUCACAUGAUAAAUGUUUGCUAUAAUGACUUGUAAUAUAGGUUAAAACUUUUACAUUUUUAAGAUGAAGACUAUGACAUAAAUUAUUCAGUUAAUAAUUUUGUUAAUAUAAACCACUAAACUAUUUUAUUUUGUUUAUUGAUUAUUUCAGAUAUUUAUAAGAGGGUCUGGAUGGGGUUUACAGAAUUGUAAAAUGAGAAUACUGGACCAAAAAAAAAAGAAUAGAGAAAAUUGGCUUUAAAUUUAAAGAAUAGAGAAUAAUGGACAAAAUAUGAAAUAGAUAUAGA